AUGUAUGGUGGCAUUUUUGGUACAUUUGGCAGCAUUUUCAGUCUAUUUGAUAGUGUUUUUGGUUUGCAGAAUAAUGUUUCUGGUGUGCAGAAUAGCGUUUUUGGUUUGCAGAACAACAUUUCCAGUGUCCAGAGCAGCAGUUUCUGGUCUAAACAGCAGAGUUCUUGGUCUGUUCCUCAGCGUUUCUGGUCGAACAACAUUUCUGGUCUGUUUAACAACGUUUCUGGUCUAUAUGUCAGCGUUUCUAGUGAGUAUAGUAGCGUUUCUGGUAAGUUUGUCAAAGUUUCUAGUCUAAACAAUAGCGUUUUUGGUCCAAACAGCAACAUUUCUAGUUUGUUUAUUAGUGUUUUUGGUAAGUCUGUCAGCGUUCCUGGUUAG